AGAAGCUGUAGUCAUUUCGAGCCUGCAGUCGGGAGGUUUGUAUCGCGUCUGACCCGCCCAUCACAGUUGGAUCAAGACCGCUCUGACUAUCUCACUCCGGAUAAAAUAUAAGAAUCUUUUCUUGGAUUUAUUAUCUCAAAAAAAUCCCACAUACAUUCCACUUUUACGUUCCAAGAGAAUCGCAGUCAGAUCUUCAACAUGCGUGAGUGUAUCUCCAUCCACGUCGGACAAGCCGGUGUACAAAUCGGAAAUGCCUGCUGGGAGCUGUACUGCCUGGAGCACGGCAUCCAGCCUGAUGGUCAGAUGCCUAGUGACAAGACCAUCGGAGGUGGAGACGACUCCUUCAACACCUUCUUCAGUGAGACCGGUGCCGGCAAGCACGUCCCCCGUGCUGUCUUCGUUGACUUGGAGCCCACAGUUGUCGAUGAGGUCCGAAGAGGUCCGUACCGGCAGCUCUUCCACCCUGAGCAGCUGAUCACAGGCAAAGAGGAUGCCGCCAACAACUACGCAAGAGGUCACUACACCGUCGGCAAGGAACACGUGGACACAGUCCUAGACAGAAUCCGUAAACUGUCCGAUCAGUGCACCGGUCUUCAGGGUUUCCUCGUCUUCCACAGCUUCGGUGGUGGUACCGGCUCUGGCUUCACAUCCCUGUUGAUGGAGCGUCUCUCUGUCGACUACGGCAAGAAGUCCAAGCUGGAGUUUGCUGUCUACCCUGCUCCUCAAAUAGCCUCCGCUGUAGUAGAGCCUUACAACUCCAUCCUCACCACUCACACCACCCUUGAGCACACCGAUUGUGCCUUCAUGGUCGACAACGAGGCCAUCUACGACAUCUGCCGUCGUAAUCUCGACAUUGAGCGACCGAGCUACACCAAUCUAAACCGUCUGAUUGCGCAAAUCGUGUCCUCCAUUACCGCUUCUUUGAGAUUUGAUGGCGCCCUCAAUGUCGACUUGACGGAGUUCCAGACCAACUUGGUGCCCUAUCCUCGCAUCCACUUCCCUCUUGCCACCUACGCACCAGUAGUGUCUGCCGAGAAGGCCUACCAUGAGCAGCUGAGUGUUGCAGAGAUCACCAAUGCCUGUUUCGAGCCGGCCAACCAGAUGGUGAAGUGCGAUCCCCGUCACGGCAAGUACAUGGCUUGCUGCCUUCUCUUCCGCGGUGAUGUCGUCCCCAAAGAUGUCAACGCUGCCAUCGCAACAAUCAAGACCAAACGCUCCAUCCAGUUCGUGGACUGGUGUCCAACUGGCUUCAAGGUGGGCAUCAACUACCAGCCUCCUACCGUGGUGCCCGGUGGUGAUCUGGCCAAGGUGCAGCGUGCCGUCUGCAUGCUGAGCAACACCACCGCUAUCGCCGAGGCUUGGUGUCGUCUGGAUCAUAAGUUUGAUCUAAUGUACGCCAAGCGUGCCUUCGUCCACUGGUAUGUAGGAGAGGGUAUGGAGGAGGGUGAGUUCUCUGAGGCUCGUGAGGAUCUGGCUGCCCUGGAGAAGGACUAUGAGGAGGUCGGGGUCGACUCCAAUGAUGCAGAUGAAGACGAAGAUGGUGCUGACGAAUAUUAGACUCUCUGAAUUGUCUUUCUUUCAGUCUCCAAGAAGUAUCUUAUUUUGCAUUUAGCAUAAUCUGCAGGAGUUAGUAGACAUCAAUAUUGUUGUCAUAGAAACUAAUGUGCACAUCUCUUCUUGCACAUUCCAGGGAACCCAAGCUAAUCUAAACACCUAAUAUUCCUUAAAAUUGAGUUUUGCUCUUUGCGGAAUGGAAACUCGAAAUAUUUGCCCUUAUUUGCACAAUCGAAUGUUUACACAUAAAGAUGUACACAUUUUGGACCUUAUAAUAAGCUGACGUAACAUAUUUAUUAAAUUGUCUCAGGGUGGCGCUGUUCAAAAUGGGCCUGGUUCCAAGUCUCAGGUUUCUGGGUAAAGUUUUUGAUGACUUUAACAAAAACGGCCCGAUUACACAUAGUAAGACUUGAAGACAGUUUGUACCCAUUUUACUAUGAGAAAUACGCAUUGUCUAUAUUAGACACCUUUUCAAGUAUCACAUGCAUCAUUACACGGUAUGAAUCUUGGAAAAAAUUGAGCCACAGGAUCAAAGAGAAGGGACACAAUAAUAAAGCUACAACCAAAUAUAACCAAAUGAUAUAGAAUACAACCAUGUGAACUGAAGUCUACCAAUGUACGCCCUCUAUAUUAGAAAUGAUAGCCGAGCCUGAACAUCUGACGUCACACUUCGAGGCUCGUAAACUACGCCAGAGAUUGAGCCAAACGUCAAUAUCCUGACGGUCACGUGGUAAGGAUGUACCGUUGAUCACGCAUUAAUUUCGCAGUCAAUUUUUACUGUACUGUAAGUGUAUUACAUGUACGCCCUCAUUUGCAAUUCGAAAGCCAAUCCUUAUGAAUAUUAAGACUUCUCAAAGGUCUAUGAUUUCGGCAUGUAUAUCCGCAAACAUUCAAAAACUACUUUAUCCAAAAAAUUAUAAAAUAUUUUGUAGAAUAAGUCGAGAAUCUUCCCCUUGUGUAGAACAAGAAGUAUAUAGUAUUUUUUAGAGUAGGGAAGUCAUAAAAAUCGUCUGUUGUGAUUUAAAACGGGCUGUAUUAUACCGGAAAACAGUAACAUUAUGUACAAGUCUCAUGAACAAAAUAAAACUCAACUGACGUCUCUCAUAAUUA